AUGUCCUCCGCCGACACCUCCGACUCCGCCCUCGAGGCCCGUGUCGCCGAGCAGCUCAAGAACGUCGCCGCCUCGUCACCAAAGGAGGAACAGCCCACGACUAGCGCAGCGCCCUCGGCCCUCGCCCAGCAGCUCCGCGCCCUCGCGGCCGGCGGCUUCGGUGGCAUCUGUGCCGUCGUCGUCGGUCACCCCUUUGACCUCGUCAAGGUCCGCCUCCAGACGGCCGAGCGAGGCGUUUACUCUUCGGCCGUCGACGUCGUCCGCAAGAGCAUCGCCCGCGAUGGACUCCGGAGAGGUCUCUACGCUGGCGUGAGCGCCCCGCUCGUCGGCGUCACACCCAUGUUCGCCGUUUCCUUCUGGGGCUACGACCUCGGCAAGCAGAUCGUCCGAGGCGUCAGCGAGGUCCCCGCCGAGGGGCUCACCAUCGCGCAGACCUCGGCCGCCGGCUUCCUCUCGGCCAUCCCCAUGACGGCCAUCACGGCCCCCUUUGAGCGAGUCAAGGUCAUCCUCCAGGUCCAGGGCCAGAAGCAGCUCGCCCCCGGCGAGAAGCCCAAGUACAGUGGCGGCCUCGACGUCGUCAAGCAGCUGUACCGCGAGGGAGGUGUGCGCAGCGUCUUCCGCGGCAGCGCAGCCACCCUCGCCCGUGACGGUCCUGGUUCUGCCGCCUACUUUGCCGCGUACGAGUACAUCAAGCGCAAGCUCACUCCCGUCGACCCCGACACCGGAAAGCCCAGCGGCCAGCUGAGUCUCACAGCCAUCACCUGCGCCGGUGCCGCCGCUGGUGUUGCCAUGUGGAUCCCCGUUUUCCCCGUCGACACAGUCAAGUCCCGCCUGCAGACGGCCGAGGGCAACGUCACGCUCGGCGGUGUCAUCCGGGAGCUGUACGGCAAGGGAGGUUACAAGGCCUUCUUCCCCGGCUUCGGUCCUGCCCUGACCCGUGCCGUGCCCGCCAACGCCGCCACCUUCCUUGGUGUUGAGCUGGCUCACCAGGCCAUGAACAAGUUCUUCAACUAG